AUGGCUUCUGCUGGGCGGAAUGGCCUCCUUCCCCUAUAUGUGUGUCUACUGCUGACCUGUGGCUUUGCCAAGGCUGGGAAGCCGCUGGUAGUGCCCAUGGAUGGGAGCCACUGGUUCACCAUGCGGUUGGUGGUGGAGAAACUCAUUCUCAGGGGGCAUGAGGUGGUCAUAGAGGCCAGAGGUGAGUUGGCAACUGGGAAGAUCACUGAAUUGCACAGUGAAGACUUAUUCAACCUCAUAUACCUGGAGGAUCCGGACCUGGAGUUCAUGGCUUUUGCCAAUGCUCAAUGGGAAGCAGAAGUACGAAGCUUAUUUUCUCUAUUAAUGAGUUCAUCCAAAUGUUUAGAAUUUAAUUUUUCACAUUGCAGGAGUUUGUUUAAUGACUGAAAAUUAGUAGAAUACUUAAAGGAGAGUUAUUUCGAUGCAGUGUUUCUGGAUCCUUUAGCUGUGUGUGGCUUAAUUCUUGCCAAAUAUUUCUCCCUCCCCUCUGUGGUCUUCCCCAGAGGAAUACUUUGUCAUUACCUUGAAGAAUGUGCACAGUGCCCUGCUUCUCUUUCCUACAGCCCUAGAUAUGUCUCAGGGUUUUCGGAUGCCAUGACCUUUAAGGAGAGACCAUGGAACCACAUUUUCUACUUAGAGGAGUGUUUAUUUUGCCCAUAUUUUUUCAAAAAUGCCUUAAACAUAGCCUCUGAAAUUCUCCAAACACCUGUCAUGGCAUAUGAUCUCUACAGUCACACAUCAAUUUGGUUGUUGUGAAUGGACUUUGUUUUGGAGUAUCCCAAACCUGUGAUGCCCAAUAUGAUCUUCACUGGUGGUAUCAACUGCAAUCAGGGAAAGCCAUUGCCUAUGAUUGGCAGCUGUUUGGUAAAAGAUUGA